AUGCGAUUCAGAUGCGCCAUCACUGUCUUGAGCCUUCUUAUCGCAGUGCUCGAGUCGAGACGCAAUCCAUCUGAUCAGCAGGAACCUGUAGCCGUCCUACAGCUACAGCGCUCUCAGAACACGAACUUCCGGAGCACGAACACUUUCGCGUACGUCUGGUACUUAGCCAACAGGGAUGAGGAUAUCGCUUGUGGCAUUCUGGUGGCGGCCGCGGCUGUGUCAGCACACGGGCUCCGAAACAGUACAGAUCUUGUGGUAAUCCACAACGCGGGAGUUCCUCGGCCGGAGCGGUUCCGGAAGGCUGGCAUCAAGUUGGUGGAGGUACCAUCCGCCGUUUCAAAAGGCGAAGUAACGUGGCGGGAAUCGUUUAUGAAGCUUCGGGCUUCGCAGCUUUUUCAGUACGACCGAGUGAUCUACUUUGACGUAGACACGCUCCCGCUCGGCAGCUUGGACAAUCUCUUUAACAUUGCGAACUUCCCGAUAGAGAUCGCUGCUCCGAGGGCAUACUGGCUG